UAUUUUAGUCACAAUUCCACAGGAGUUUACUCAUCAAACUCUUGCAGUCUUGCCAAAAAGUCAAAGCAGUGUCUCAUCGUCUCAAAAAUCCAAUGCCAUCAACAGCACAAGACAGAUAACAUGACGGAGGGUGAGAGAAAACGUUCAAAAGGAGGCCUUUUUCACUUGUUUGAUUGGAAUGGGAAGUCUCGGAAGAAGCUGUUUGCGAAUAAUUCUGAAUUACCUGAAGGAUUAAAGCAAGGAAAAGAAAAUGUUGAAAAAAUGGAAAAGCUUCUGCUUCAGGCGGGGGAGCUGGAUGAUAGAAGAGCAAACUUGAGUAACAGAGGAAGUAGUGACUUUAGUUGUGCUUCAUCAAUGACUAGUGAUGAAGGAUAUGGAACAAGGGCCCCUGGGGCAGUUGCAAGGCUUAUGGGUCUGGAUUCUUUGCCAACAUCAAAUGUUGCUGAGCCCUCUUCUACCCUAGUUUUUGAUUCACGCUCUCUUAGGGCAUUUCAAUAUGAUAGCAGCUCGCCUAAUUUAUGGAGUGAAUAUAACCCUGUGGACCACCUCAACGUUCCAAAUAAGCAAGAGAAGUAUGCUUGGAAUUCUGUGGAAUCGAGGCCGCAUAAGGUGGAAAACCGGCCAAGUAAGAGAUUUCAAACUGAAACAUUGCCUCCAAAAUCAGCUAAAUCAAUUCCAUCUACCCACCAUAAGUUGUUGUCUCCUAUUAAGAAUCCUGGAUUCACCCCAACAAAGAACGCGGCUUACAUAAUGGAGGCAGCUGCAAAGAUAAUUGAGGCAAAUCCUAAGGCAACUAGCAGUGGUAAAGUUCCAUCAAUCGGGACUUCUUCAGUUCCUUUGAGAAUUCGAGAUUUGAAACAGAAAAUGGAAGCUGCUGCACAUACAACAUCUAAGCCCCAAAGAUCAAGUGAAUCCUCUGUUGCCAAGAAUACAAAAGGACAACAAAGUGACAAGAGUUGGAGUGGACCAGAAGGCCUGUCAUCAUCCAAGGCUUCUACAAGUUCUGAAAAAGGCACUCCCAGCAGUUUGAAGAACAAGGGGAAGUCUGUUCCACUUGCAGCACAAGCAAAGUCCACUAAUGGUCAAAGAAGGGAUGGAUCCACAUUGAAAAGUAAGAGUAUUGUGAAACAGAAGGAACAGAAUGAGGUCAAAGCAAACCAGAUGCUUAAGACCCAGCCUCGCACACAAAAUACUGUACAGAAGAGAAUCUCUGAAAGCAGGACCAGUAAUGUGCUUCAGCAGAAUAACCUCAAGCAAAAUUCUGUACCCAAUAAAGAUAGUUCAGGUUUGAAGAAUUCAGUUUCUAAUCAGCAAGGUAGAAAAACAAAAUCCACUAGUGGUUCUGUUGGACAAAGUAGGACUGCAAAAAAGGUUGUUGUAAAGCCUGAAACUGUGCCCAGAAAGAUGGGCUUGGUCAUGACAGAUUCUGAAAAGGAGAAAACUAAGAAUAUAGCUCGGAAGAAACGUUCUGUCAGUGGUGAUCUCCAAAUUGACAGAAAUGCCACUCCUAAUGUAUCAUUCAAUAAGGAUGAAAUGUCUACAAAAAGUAAUGUUGUAAUGGAUGGGAACAUGAAUAUGGCCAUGGAUAGCAGGAAAAGUGGCAUGGAUGUUGUUUCAUUUACAUUCUCGUCUCCCAUAAAGCGGGCCACGCCUAGCUCUCAGUCAUCUGGACAAAUGUUGGAGAAAUGUAGCAGUUCUGCUAUCGACUCUUUUGGUAGUAAAGAUCAUCCCUCCUUAAAAAGUUCAAUGUCUUAUUUUCCUGGAUUAAAUGUUAUGGGAGGUGACGUGUUGGGUGUUCUUUUGGAACAAAAACUGAGAGAAUUAACAUAUAAAGUAGAGUCUUCCCAUUGUAAUGUGAUCAGAGAGGAGACUUCUUCUACUUCUUUGUCCAUUUUUCAAAACUCAUCAACUCCUAAUGUGGCAAGCACCUCCUCCACAGCACUGGACAAGAUGCUUCAAGUUGUUCAUGAUAAAGAUAAGUCAGACAGCCUAGGUUACUUCGAUUGUAUUUUGGUGGAAAAUUCACAGCUUGCUAUGAACCAAAAGUGGCAGCAAUCAGAAGAUAUUGAAGUGCAAAGCAGUAGCAGCAAUUACAGUGAAACUGGAAAGGAACUCAAGUGUCAACGUACCAGCCCAGUUUCAAUUCUCGAACCUUCUUUUGCAAGUGGAAGUUGCUCAUAUCUCAACGGAAGUAGCCAUUGCUCAACAAAUGAAUCUGUAGAAAUGGAGGGUGAAACCGAGCUAUCAGACUCAGCCUCCUCAAUAUCUGCAGUGGAUGUGGUAAGAAAAUAUACAACUAGGACAUGCAGCAUAACAGAAUCAAAGGAAUCAAGCGACUGGGAACUAGAUUUCAUGAGGGAUAUACUUGUCAGUGCAGAGCUAAACUUGAAAGAUUUCUCAUUGGGUCAAACCUCCAACGUCAUAAACCCCAGUCUUUUUGAUCAGUUGGAGAAUCAAGACCAGGGGAUGGGAAGUAACGAAGAAGAUUACUCCAAGCUUGCGCGAAAGCUUUUGUUUGAUUGUGUUAGUGAAUCCCUUGACUUUAAAUGUGGACAAAUUUUGUUAGGGAGCUGCAAAGCAUGGGCUAGAUUGUCAACAUUGUUUCAAAGGAAGGGGUGGUUGGCAGAGGAGCUGUACAAGGAAAUUUUGGGUUGGCAAAGCAUGGGAGACAUGAUGGUGGAUGAGCUUGUAGACCAGGACAUGAGCACUCGGUAUGGGAAAUGGCUCGACUUUAGCAUAGAAGCAUUUGAAGAGGGUCUAGAGAUUGAGAAUGGGAUUCUAACUUCGUUGGUUGAUGAAUUGGUUUCUGACUUUUACCCUUGUAAAGCCCUUCAAGAAGGUCUUCCUCUCAUUUAACUUCAACUGUAUCUAAGGUAACCUGUUGACCUUACAUUCCUUUGAUUUUGGCAGAGGAAACAAGAACAUGAUCACCACUCGUAACCUUGCAUGUUUUCCAUGUUCUGACCAUCUGUAAUCUCCAUUUUCUAAGUGCACUUUUCACUUCCUAAAA